UAAAACAAGCAAAAAAUAAGUUUAUUAAGCUUAAUAAGUAAAAAGACAGAAAAUCCCCAGUUUUGCAGAUGGUGCAAACAUUUUCUUUUUUACUGAAACUUUUGUAAAUUUGCUUUAAUUUACCUCAGCUGCACAUGUUGAUGUAUAGUUUUUAAAAAGUUUGUAGCAUUAUGACAUAUCUAAAAUGUUUAUAUACUGCAUAAUGCAAAAAAUAAAAUGCAGGCCAUGUUCAAAACCCAAAUGAUUUUAUAUUCCAUCCUCAUUUUCUUUGGAACUGUAGUAACUGCUGUGAUACCUGCACACUAUACCUACAUUUGGUGCCACGAUUAUUGAGAUAGUUUGCAUUUGUUGAGGAAAAACUAAAUUAGAUUUGGAUUAAGCACUUCAGAAAACCCAGUGGAGAUUUAAAAGGGUCACAUUUUCUCCACUUUUUGAUUAUCAUCUGUGAAGUGGAAACUUUGUGUUGGUUUAUCAUAUAAAAUAUCAAUAAACUGCAUGAAAGUUUGUGAUUGCAAUAUGUCAAAAAGUGAAAAGCUCACUGAUGAGAGCCUGUGGUCAGGAAGCAGAGAGGAUUGUUGUUCCAAUAGAUCAAUAGUUUGUGCUGAAUGGCUGGAGCUCAGACUCCAGAGGUUGAGAUCUGGCUCUGGUGCUCUCCAGAUGUUUCAAAACACCGACUCUUUUAACAACCAGCUGAAAGUGCAACACGGCAGAAACAUGAGGCAACACUGCGCGCUCAAACACGGAAUAUUCAAGGAGUUCCUGGCUGAAUUCCUGGGAACAUUUGUCUUGGUGCUGUUUGGCUGCGGCUCAGUUGCUCAGACGGUCCUGAGUCGAAACACGCUGGGCGAGCCGCUCACCGUCCACAUCGGCUUCUCCGUGGGCCUCAUGAUGGCCGUGUACGUGGCUGGAGGGGUGUCAGGAGGCCAUGUGAACCCCGCCGUGUCUCUGGCCAUGGUGAUUCUGGGGAAACUAAAGAUCUGGAAGUUUCCCUUUUACGUCAUCGCUCAGUUUCUUGGUGCUUUUGCAGGAGCUGCAGCCGUCUUUGGAUUAUAUUAUGACGCUUUCAUGGACUUCACCAGCGGUAUUCUGUCGGUGACAGGAAUCAAUGCGACAGGUCACAUUUUUGCCUCCUACCCUGCCAGACACCUGUCAGUCCUCGGCGGCUUCAUCGAUCAGGUGGUGGGGACAGGUAUGCUGGUUCUCUGUAUUCUGGCGAUCAUUGACGGUGGGAACAUUGGCGCUCCUAAAGGCGUGGAGCCGCUGGCCAUCGGUCUGAUUAUCAUGGCCAUCGGCGUCUCCAUGGGACUGAACUGUGGCUACCCUCUGAACCCCGCCAGAGACCUGGGACCCCGGCUGUUCACGGCGGUGGCCGGGUGGGGCAUGGAGGUCUUCAGCACUGGAGGCUACUGGUGGUGGAUCCCAGUGGCGGGGCCCAUGGUGGGAGGCGUGGUGGCGGCCGUCCUCUACUUCCUGCUCAUCGAGCUGCACCACCCCCAUGACGAGGAUGAGAAGGCCCACGAGGUGGAGGAAGAGGAGGAGGAAGAGGAGGAGGACGACGAUGACAGCAGUCUUAAGGACAAAUACGAGAUGAUCGCCAUGAGCUAAAACAUUCAGUGCAGCAGUCAUGACAGAGCUUCUGCAGUUCCUGCUUGGGAAGAGUAUGGAGCUAAAUUGGGGCCAUAAAGUUUGCUCAAUUUUCCUUUUUUUUUUUUUUUUUUUUUUUUUUUAAUAAAAAAUAAAUUAAUUGAAAACUUAUUUUGAAACCAAAAAACAAGUUUGAAACUGAAGAAAAAAAGAUUUUACAAUUAGUUUUGAACUUUUUUUCAGUUUCAGUUUAUAAAAAAAUUGAGCAAACCUUAUAUGUGUGUGUAUGGAACACAUGGAGCUGAAUGGAGCUCCGUUUAUAUGGAGAUAAAUUUCGGCCAUAAAGUUUGCUCAAUUUUUUUGCUCCAAAACUGAGAAACAAAACUCAAACUCAAAACUGGUUUUGAUACUGAAAAAUGUUUGGACCCGAAGAGAAAGAUCUGAAACUGAAAAAAGAAUCUUAAAGGAGUUUUGAAGUUUUUUUCAGUUUCAAAUCUUUUUUUGGUUUCAUCAUUACUUUUCAGUUUCUGUUUUUGUUUUUGUUUGUUUCAGUUUCAAAACAAAAAUAAAAUUGAGCAAACUUAAUGGGCCCAAGUUAGCUCUAUUUGUUCCAUACACAUGGAGCUAAAUGGAGCUCCAAAUAUAUGGAGCUCAAUUGGAGCCAUAAAGUUUGCUCAAUCUUUUUUUUCCUUUUUUUUUUUUCUUCGAAAUUGAGAAACAAAACUCAAACUGAAAACUGGUUUUGAUGCUGAAAAAAAGUUUGGACCUGAAGAGAAAGAUCUGAAACUGAAAAAAAAAUCUGAAAAGUAGUUUUGAACUUUUAUCAGUUUCGAAUCUUUCUUUUAGUUUCAUCAUCAUUUUUCAGUUAAAAAGAAAAACAUGGACCAAACUUUAUGUACUUCAUAAAACUCCAUAUCCAUGGAGCUAAAUUGCAGCCAUUAAGUUUGCUCAAUCUGAUUUUAUUUGUUUUGUAACUGUAUGUCUCAUCAUUGACAGUUAAGUCGUGUUUUUUUUGUAAAUACAAUUGAAUAUUUUUAGCAUAAGUCAUUAAUGCUGAGCUUCCUUUUAGCUUCUUUACCAUUACCCUCAGUGAUUGUGACAAUUAUUUGCUUAUAUUAACUUUAAGUUUUUCUUCCAUGUUUAACAAUUUCUUUUGUACAUCAUUAUUUUUCCUGGUUGUUACUUUUUGCAUUUGUUGC